CAAAUUUUAGAUAGAAGUGUGACAAAAAUACUCUUGUAGCCAGCCAGACCUGUACAGGCGGCGCCUCCACGUUGGCGCAUUUCGUCAAGCACCUCUACGGCAUGGAGAAACGCUUCCCGGCCUCCUCCCCUGAAAGCCUCAUAUAUGGUAUUACAGCUAUAUAUGACAAUCUGAUGACAUCAUUACUGCCAGAAGGAGGGGAACGACCGACAGCGAGGCGAGGAACGGCCGACAACCAGGCUCACGCCUCCGGCUCGCAUACCCCUUAUCGAAUCAGACCGAGCCCAACUAAAGCCAGGGCACGCGGCCCUCAUGCCGGACUAUACAAAACUUGUACCUUUGCUAUAUUUAUUGUUUCUUCCUCUUUCAAUCCCUCCUCUUCUCUCAAGCAGAGGAAAUCAUCUCCAUGGCGUCUCCUCGAUGUUUUUCUUUUUCUUCCUCCUCCACCUCCUCUUCACGUGCUCCUCUUGUUGUUUAUAUGGUGCUGGGCUUGCUGCUUUCAUGGUUGGAGCUCGCUGGAGCUGGAGGAUUCGAUCCUUUGCUUCGGCUUCCGAGCUUUAGGCGCGGGGCAAGACGGUCGAGGACGAUGAGGUCGGUUUCAGUGAUUAAUCACGGCGCUAAAGGAAAUGGGAUCGAGGAUGACACCCAGGCUUUUUUGGACGCAUGGAAUCUUGCUUGUUCUUCAAAAGUAGGAGCAACCCUUGAAAUUCCUGCUGGACAUGUUUAUUUUCUUAGGCAGAUAAACUUUGUUGGCCCUUGUAAAUCCAAAGUGAUAGUGUUGCUCAUGGGAACAAUUGUUGCACCCUCUGAUCCUGAUAGCUGGCCACAGAAAAACCGUCGGAGAUGGCUUUAUUUCCAUGGGAUAAAGGAUCUUGAGGUAAGAGGUGAAGGGGUUGUCGAUGGCAUGGGCGAGGAAUGGUGGGCAAGGUCUUGCAAGAGAAAUGCGUCAAAUCCAUGCCGGCGUGCCCCAACGGCAAUUACUUUUCAUCGGAUGAGGCGUCUUACUAUCCAGGAUUUGACUCUCUUGAACAGUCAAAAGAUCCAUAUGGCUUUCAAUAAUUGCUUUCAAGUUCAAGCAUCUCGGGUAAAAGUGAUUGCACCUGAAAGAAGCCCUAACACUGAUGGAAUUCAUAUUAGUUCAUCUGUUUCUGUUGCUGUUGAGGAUAGCAUCAUAGGAACAGGAGAUGACUGCAUCUCCAUUGUAGGAAACUCUUCUAGCAUCCUAAUAAAGAACAUCACAUGUGGACCAGGUCAUGGUAUAAGUAUUGGAAGCUUGGGAAAAGAUGGGUCAACUGUCGAAUUGGAAAAUGUACUAGUUGAUGAGGCUUCUAUUUCCAACACUGAAAACGGUGUUCGGAUCAAGAGCUGGCAGGGGGGUGAUGGCUUUGCUAGAGGCAUAGUUUUUCGCAACAUUGUAAUGACAAACGUUUCAAAUCCGAUAAUCAUCGAUCAGUUCUACUGUGAUUCAUCACAUCCAUGCAAGAACCAGACAUCAGCAGUGAAAGUUAGUGAUGUUUCAUUCAUUAAUAUCAAAGGAACCUCUGCCACAGAAGAUGCAGUGAGAUUUGCUUGCAGCGAUAGUUUCCCAUGUGAGAAUAUAUUUCUGGAAGACAUUGACCUUUCCCUGUAUUCUGGAGGGGAAGCAGAUGCUUUUUGCUGGAAGGCUUCAGGUAACAGUUCUGGUGCUGUGCGUCCCCCUUCUUGUCUUUCCAGUGAUGCUCUGCUGAUCAAACAAAAUGUUCUCUCUACCACUCCCUUCUUGUAUUCCUCAGCUUAAAACAAAUUGAAAAAAGAAAAACGUUCAUACAUGUAUUGAAGCAUUUCAUGUUGAUUUUGUUUAUCAAAUGAUAUUUGAAUUCUUGCAAGUUCAUGCAAGACAAACUUUUUAGAUCA